CAAGGGCCCGGCGCUGUACUUACAGGGCUGCUCCUUGUUUCAGUGGCACAGAACACACCCAGAGACACUCGGCAGAGCAGGCAGGAGGGACUCCUGCCCCAGGGCCACUGCCUGCCUCAGCCAUUCCGCUCUGGCAGCUGCACUGGGCUGGGGAUUGCCUCGGGAAUUGCAUCACGGUGCUAAUGACAUGAUAUCAAUGAAGUGUUUGACCUCGGGCGUCCUUGUGAUGCCUUCAGUUUGAGUUUUCGUGUUUUCCACACUCUGUUCUCUGUACAUUGGUACAGAGCUCUGAACUUCAUGUCAAGUGCCAGCAGCUCUCCUCACAGCUCAGGCACACACAACAAUCCUUUUCCAGCCCACAACCAAGGACACCGCUGCAGCUUCAGCCCCAAAAAGUGCAAACAGCAGGGAAUGGAGGAGAGCAACCUGGGAGGAUGGGACUGCAGCACCUGGAGCUGGAAUUGGACACUGAACCCCAACAGGGAAAUGGACCCAAACUUAUAAAAGUGUCAAAACUGGUGAGCAGGAGUCCAUGUGGGGUGGAGCCACGGCCGGGCUCUUGCACUGCCCAGGGUGUGUCCUGUGAAGGCUUUUCCAUAAAUCCCAACUUUAUUCCUGUGACUCUCUGCUCCAGGCAGCCUCUGAGGCAUCCCCUGAGCGCAGCACGAGGUGCCAAGGAACAGCCCUGGCUGCUGUCCCACGUGGGGAAUGUUGUGCAGCCCAGCUUCCUUUUAGGUUUUUCACUUGGCUUUUCCAGAGGGAGCCAGGGAGCAGAGCCGGGUGGCAGAGGGGAUGGCAGCGCCCCGGAGUGACCCCGGGCUGGCACAUGACCCUGGGAUUUGCCAGGGCUGGUGCCCGGGGCACGGGAGGGAGGUGGGGGAGAGGGGCCCUGCCAGCCCCAGCAGCCAGUCCUGGUCACACUCUGCGUUCCUCGGAGCAGCCGCCCUGGGCUUCAUUCAGGGCUUGGCUCACUCUGGGCCGUGGGCACUCCUGACCCCAGUCUGCCGCCCCCAGACUUGCCUAAAACUUACCCACAGAUAAAUCCUUGCCUGGCACACCCAGCACCCUCCUUUUCCUGUGAUCUGCAGAAGAAACAGAUCUAUGAUUUCACUGAAAUCCACCAGCACGCUGCGUCCCAGAGUCCUCCCAGAAGCUCCAGCCUCAGUUUACAGUUCACUGCAAUUCCAGUCCAGUCUUGGAAUUCAUUAAUGCCAGCCAAACACGACCACGAAUGCGGGCUUAAAAUAAUCCCUGGCUGCUCUCUGUCACAGGCUCUUCCUCGGCUGCUGUAAAUAGCCCUCACACGUCACCCGACCGAAGGCUCACCGGGCUAUUCUGGGAUAUUCAAAUAGGAAAGGGCUUUGUGAUCCCCUCUGCUCAGGGAUCUGCAGGCAGGCUGCCCCAAGCUCUGACAUAAAUCACACCACAGAGAACCCAGCUCUCCAAAAUCCCACCUCCCCGUGCUGCCAACGUCACCCAGUUCCGUUAGAUCAGCAAUUUGCAGGGAAACAAAUAUUAAAACGACAAACUUCCUUUUUUUCUGGCUUCAUAGCUUUCCAUCAAACCUGAAAGAGAAUUGGAUAUCAUGGGUUUCCAAAUUAAACCAUCAGAGCUGGAUGACUGCCCACCGAACAAACAGCAAAGUAUCCAAAACAGGGACAGGGACAGGAACAGGGAUAGGGACAGGACAGGGACACGAAAAGGGACAGGAACAGGAACAGGGAUAGGACAGGGACAGGAACUGGGACAGGCACGGGAACAGGGACAGGAACAGGGAUAGGGACAGGACAGGGACCAGGACACGAAAAGGGACAGGAACAGGGAUAGGACAGGGACAUGAAAAGGGACAGGAACAGGAACAGGGAUAGGACAGGGACAGGAACUGGGACAGGGACACGAAAAGGGACCGGGACAGAACAGGGAUAGGACAGGGACAGGGACAUGAAAAGGGACAGGAACAGGGACAGGGAUGGGACAGGGACAGGGACACGAAAAGGGCCCGGGCGCUGCAAUGACAUGGCGGGAGCGGCAGGGGCGAUAGAGAGUGCAGGCCCGCGGGCGCUGCCGCUCUGGCCGCCGGAGGACUAUUUCUCUAUGGUCCAGGAGGACUCGCUCUCUAUGACCCUGGAGGUCUAAUUCGCUAUGACCACGGAGGACUCUCUGUCUAUGGCGGCCGCACCCUGCCCGCAGGGCCGCAUGUCCCGGCAUGCCCCGCGGCCGCCACUAGUCCCGCCGUUCCCGGGGCAGCCUCACUUCCGGCGCGGGCGUUAAGAUGGCGACGCCCAUGCACCGGCUGAUUGCCCGCAGACAGGCGGAGGCAAACAAGCAGCAUGUGAGGUGUCAGAAGUGUUUAGAGUUUGGCCACUGGACAUAUGAAUGUAAAGGGAAGAGAAAAUACCUGCACAGGCCUUCCAGGACAGCUCAGCUGGCCAAAAUCCUUAAGGAGAAAGAAAAGCAACUCCUGCUGCAGCAGAGCGCUGGAGAAAGUGCUGCAGAAAAGAAGACCAAGAAAAAAAGGUCCAAGAGUGUGACCAGUUCCAGCAGCAGCAGCAGUGACAGCUCAGCCAGCGACUCCUCCGACAGCGAGGACUCCUCUACCUCCUCCUCCUCCUCCUCCUCAGACAGUGACAGUGAGGACAGCAACUCCUCCUCCUCCUCCUCCCCCUCCUCCAGCAGCUCUUCCUCCUCCUCCGACUUCGAGUCGGAUUCCAGCUCCUCCAGCAGCAGCAGCAGCAGCAGCAGCAGCACAGACAGCAGCUCUGAGGAUGAGCCCCCAAAGAAGAAGAAGAAGAAAUAGCUGGGGAGGUGCAGGACUGGUGGGAGUGAGUGACACUGCCCUCCCGGGGGCUGGAGCACACGGUGCCAAACGCUCCCUGGUCAGCAUUUCUACUGCUCACAUUUCUAAGUGUUCUGCGUAGUUGUUCAUAGGACAUGGAAGGUAUUAAAUGGCACGUGAGACUUACUGAGAGAGUAUUUUUGUGGUUUAUCCUUUUAUGGAAGAUUUUACUUUUUUAGUUCCUAAAAAAAAAAAAAAAAAAAAAGUUCUAUCAUCAGAUUUGUUUAUAUGAGCUAAAGUCCAGUAACCUGGAUGUUUACAUGCUGGAAAGUAAAAGCUUUUUGUUGCAGAUUAUGCUGUGCAUCAUGUGCUGUUUCUCUGUUAAUGACAGUUUCACUUCCAUUGAGAAAAAUCCUCUAAACUGUUAAAAGCAGAAGUUUUUCAGUGCUGCUGUGGAGCUGUGGCAUUGUCGAACCUGAGCCUCCCAUCUCGCCGGUGACAGACGGGUUCUGUGCUGCUGAGCUUGUGUUCCAGUGGCUUCUCCUGAUGCUUCCAGGUCGAGUCUUCACUGCACCACCCAGCUGAGCUGUGUUGAUUUGUCCCUGACCAGUGUCGUGCUUGUCCUGCCCACGGGCUCUGGGCCCUUCCCUCCCCCGUGUCCUUGGCUGCUGUUGGAGGUGUUUGCUGAGACACAGGGUUGGUGUUGGGAGCAGCAGCCCAGUGAAUCGGGGCUGGUGCUGCUUUAGGAGUUUCAUCUUUGUGCCUUUUUUUUUGUAAAAUCAGUGUAGCCCAGCGAGACAAGGGCUGGAGUGGGGGUUCUGCAGACCUCCAUCAGAAUAUUCCCAUCCAUAACGUGGUCAGCAAAAGCAGAGAAAUAAUAACAAACAGAACUGGGCACUGUUUCCUCUGGCUGCUCAGUAAGGAAGAGACUCCUUGAAGGAAAGGUCUCAGAGGCAAGCAUUUCCCAAGGAAUGUGUGAAACACAGGAUUGCCAGGCUGCUGAGUGGCAGUCUGCAGCAAUCCAGGCAUUCUCUGAUUGUGGGAAUGGCCUGGGGAAGCAAGUGAGUGCAAACCCCACAAAAGCAGAUCCCAACACGCUGCAGAACAGGGAUUGCUGGAUGCAGAGUGGGAAUUGUUUGGUUUUCUGGUGGAUUGAAGCAGUUGCUGUUAGUAUUUUAUUUGGGGAUGCAGUCUCCUGAAUUUCUUACUGUUGGAGUGCCCUUUUGGGGAGGGGGCAUCACUUGUGGAAGAAUUUUCAAGUAUCUUGGUUUAGGUUAAAUACAGUAACUAAACUAUUUUUUAUAUUUUUAUGGAAAGAGUAGUAUGUAGACUUACUUUGGAAUAAACUGUGUUUAUUUAAAUGUUUGAAAAUACCCAUGUUGUGUGUCUGUCUGACCACUCCUGUGUUUUACAGAACACGCUGCAGGCUAUAAAUAAAACUACCAAAAAAGUGUUCAA